AUGGAAGAUCAGUAUUUGGACUCCCUGCUCGAUGGUCUUGGCACAACCCAGCUUCAGUAUCUGCGACAAAGGAUAGACGAAAGACUAGGAAGACAUGACUUUGCGGGAAGCACUGAAGACCAAGUUCCGUUCGUCACAGAACGUGGCACGUACUACUCUACUGCUUCAACGCUCUAUCCAUCCGGAAGGUCUACGCCGAUAGCAUGCUCGAUAACCAGCGACUGGAAAUCCAACUUUGCUCACCAUGAUAUACCUGACCAUAAUCUGUCACACACGAUCGACCCUUCUCCAUGGCAUUCGCAUACUGUUGCCGACGAUCGGACUCAUCUACGUACGUGUGUUGGUCAAGAGACUCCACACAAGCCUCUCAAUGAAGUCAAGGUCGCUGAAUCGACCUCUAAAAAGUUUUUCUGCACAUUUUGUUUUGAACUAGGCUCUUGGAAAGACUUUGGGACAAAGCACGACUGGAAACGUCACGAGGAAGACUAUCAUGAUGGAACCGGCCUCCAGUGGUUAUGCCAGGUUGUCGGCUGUUCUCAAAUGUUCUCGCGCGGCAUUGACUUCAGGAACCACCUGAAGAAGGGUCACGAGGGUAAGAUGUACCCUCGAGACUGCAAAGAAGUUCGACAAAUAACUCGCAUGUACGCGUGUGGCUUCGACAACUGUAGAGCGCUCAUCACCACUUGGAAACAUCAUUGCGACCAUGUCGCCACACAUAUGGCUGAAGGCGACACGACUUGGACAUAUGACAGAACCAUUAGGAAUCUUCUCAAGCACCGGAAUCUUGCAGCCCAAUGGAAACAGACCUAUGGCACUAUGUGCCCUCAGCUACGGAUUGUUCAACAGGAUCUUAGUUGGGACAUUCAAGCAACACGUUCACUGAGGGAUCAACUGGAAACUCACAGUUUCCAUGUCCACUUAGAGGAGUUCUUGCUCGACCUCUUCUCUCGAGGACUUCCGCCAGCAAGGACAGACGCUCUUGUCGACCACACGCUAGCCUCUGGUCUGACCUCUUCAUCUCUAUACACUGGCCCGCCAAGCAUUCCUCCCAUCCUUCCUUCAUCGAUGGAUUUUGGUCUUGAUCCCUCUUUUGAAAGCUACGGUGUUUCACAGCCCGGGACUACGCAUCCGAGCAACGAUAUUUCGGUACUAGCGCUGAACAACCGUAACAGCGUGGUCAUGGCCGACGCACCGCCCUUCGAUGGAUCCGGUACCUUCAGUACUCCUCCACAUGACCCUUUUGAAGAGGUUCCUCUAAUGGCGACCGAGUUGAUCUCGCUUGGCGGGUUCAUCACCGAGACGAGCCCGACCUACGAUACCUGCUCAACCGGAGCACAGGAGCAUGCGAAUAUCCAGGAUAUCCCCAAGUCUCACUCGCCCCGCGCUCUCGUGACCAAAAGUCGAGAAUGGCUCGCAUCGAAGAAGUCGCAACACUUCCAGCACGGCGUCAUCGACCACCCCGAUGUAUCGCCAAGUAUGCGUCUACCCAGGAGCCCGAGCCGAAAAAGGUCGAUGACGACUGUGCAUCGGGUGCGCGGCGGCCAGUCCUGAAAAUAUUCGACAACGAUAUUUCUGUCACCGAGUUCGACCCCUGCGGU